AGUGGGAGUGUGGUGGCGGAGGGAUCCAGUUCCGCCUCAGAGCGAACAGCACCGCUGCAGCCGGAUCACAGCCUCUCUCUCUCUCCCUCUCUCUCUCUCAGACAUGGCUGAUCAGCUCACAGAGGAACAAAUCGCAGAGUUUAAGGAGGCGUUCUCGCUGUUCGAUAAGGACGGAGACGGCACCAUCACGACUAAAGAGCUCGGAACGGUGAUGCGCUCUCUGGGACAAAACCCCACCGAGGCUGAGCUGCAGGACAUGAUCAACGAGGUCGACGCUGACGGUAACGGAACAAUCGACUUCCCCGAGUUCUUGACCAUGAUGGCCAGGAAGAUGAAGGACACGGACAGUGAGGAGGAGAUCCGUGAGGCCUUCCGGGUCUUCGAUAAGGAUGGAAACGGCUACAUCAGUGCUGCGGAACUGCGCCACGUCAUGACGAACCUCGGCGAGAAGCUCACAGACGAGGAAGUGGACGAGAUGAUCAGAGAAGCCGAUAUCGACGGAGACGGGCAGGUGAACUACGAAGAAUUUGUACAGAUGAUGACUGCGAAGUGAAGCUUCCCGCCAUCUUAGAAGAAAAGUUGUAUUUACCUCUUAUGGGAAAUAAAUAUCCAGUUAUUGAGAAUUGUUUCUGUACAGAGAAUGACAAUGCUGAAUUUAAAAUCUCUUUCUUCUGUCCACACGGAUAUAAAAUCAACAAACCUGCAUGAAAACAUUAGUGUUCCGUCCCUGCAGAUCCCCCGUCUGUUCUUCACAAACUCCAAGAAUCACCCUCCAGCUCACGACACACACACACACACACACACACACACACACACACACACACACACACGUAUAUCUGUAACACUCGGGCCAUGUGUGAUCUCUCCCCUUCUCUCCCUUUCUCUUCUUCCUGCAUGCAGAGUGAGAAUGAACGUCAUGUCGGACUUUUUGUACAUCAAGACAAACAGCUAUCGAUAUUAGGCAUGUGUUGAUAUUAAUAUUUACACAUCUUACAAUCAUUACAUCAUAUAGUUUAAUUACGGUUUACCAAAAAUUAACAGUAUAUUAAUAACUGGGCAUAAAGAAAUCACGACCUUGUUAAAAUGUUAAAGCUGAGUGUGAGAAAAAGAUCUUAAUAAUAAAAGUAUUGUCCGUUAAGUACAGUUUUAUUAUUAUUAUUAUUAUUAUUAUUAUUAUUAUUAUCACAUGCCUAAUAAAUAAAAGCUGAGGGACUGUUACUGUAUGGAUGGAAAUAAAAAAUAAAAUUGGUUAAAGUCUUAAACAUUUGGCAUGAUUUGGUUUCAGUGCUUAUUAUUAUCAUUUUUAUUUUUUAAAGGUUAUUUUUGUGUUAAUUUUUGCUUGGAUGGCCCUCGUCCACUGUGGAGGAGAACCGCAUGCAGAACACUUAUUAUUUUUAUUAUUAUUAUUAUUAUUAUUAUUGAAUCCAUUUUCUUUGCUAAAUUACUGUUUACAUCCAUUCCAAGUUGUACAUGCUAUUCUUUUUUCCCUCUUUUUCAAAUAAAAAAAACUCCAUAAACAA